UCUCUGCUUACGCGCAGUGAUUGUUGUGGCUCCUCUUCGGGAAGAAAGUUCGUCUCACAGUCAAUUCAUUUUAUUUCGCAAGAGAGUUAAGAAAUAUGGCUGACUCUCAAGAGGACAAGCUUUACAGAGCGGAAUAUGCAAAAAGCGGCCGUGCUUCGUGCAAGAAAUGUAAAGAAAAUAUCGCUAAAGACUCGCUGAGGAUGGCCAUCAUGGUGCAGUCCCCCAUGUUUGAUGGGAAGGUCCCCCAUUGGCACCACUUCUCCUGCUUCUGGCUGCGAGCUGCAGCUCAGUCCACUGGAGAUAUAGCCGGCUACUCUGGCCUCCGCUGGGAGGACCAAGAGAAGGUCAAAAAGGCCAUUGAGAGCGGAGGAGCAACAGGAAAAGCGGACACCAAGGGUGGAGCUAAAGGAGCGAAGACGCUGAAUGACUUUGCGGUUGAAUAUGCAAAGUCAAACCGCAGCACGUGCAAAGGUUGUGAGCAGAAAAUAGAAAAGGAUCAGAUCCGUGUUUCAAAGAAAACAGUGGACCCCGAGAAGCCUCAGCUGGGUCUGAUCGACCGCUGGUACCACACGGCCUGUUUUGUGAGCCGUCGAGAAGAGCUCGUUUUCAAACCUGAAUACAGCGCCGCCCAGCUGAAGGGCUUCAGCGCUCUACGGGCUGAAGACAAGGAGGAGCUGAAGAAAAGACUCCCUGUUGUUAAAACUGAAGGGAAGCGUAAAGGUGAUGAAAUGGAUGGAGUGUCAAAGAAACAGAAGAAGGAAGAAGAUGAUGAGAAGAAGAAGCUGGAGGAGCAGUUAAAGAAUCAAAGCCAGCUCAUCUGGGGCAUAAAAGACAAACUGAAGAAGUUUUGCUCAAUUAACGAUAUGAAGGAGCUGCUGAUUGCAAACAGCCAGGACGUUCCCUCUGGAGAGUCUAACGUGGUGGACUGUCUGGCAGACGGCAUGGCUUUCGGUGCUCUUGAACCCUGUAAGGAGUGCCAGGGCCAGCUGGUGUUCAAGGGUGAUGCUUAUUACUGCACAGGUGACAUCUCAGCAUGGACAAAGUGUGUUUUCAAAACACCCACACCUUUACGUAGAGACUGGGUCAUCCCCAAGGAAUUCCAUGAGCUUCCUUUCCUGAAAAAGUUCAAGUUCAAGCGUCAAGACAGAGUUUACCCAAAAGAGGCUCCCAAAAAAACCCUCACUGCCGUCAAAGCUGAACCCCUGGCGAGUGCAUCCCGUGCCCCGAUGGAGCGACUGCCAGAGGGAGCACCUGCAGACAAACCUCUGACUGGUAUGAAACUUUUGGUUGUUGGAAAGCUGUCAAAGAACAAAGAUGAUCUAAAGGUAGUUAUAGAGGAGAUGGGAGGAAAAAUUACUGGCACAGCCUCUAAGGCGGCUCUCUGCCUCAGCACCAAGAAGGAGGUGGAGAAGAUGAGUAAGAAAAUGGAGGAAGCACGAGAUGCUGGUGUGCGGGUGGUUUCUGAGGACUUCCUCACAGACAUCAAGUCGUCCGGUAAAGCCCUCCAGGAGCUUGUUUCCCUGCAUGCCAUCUCACCCUGGGGUGCAGAGGUGAAAGUGGAGGCUCCAGCUCCGUCUACAGCCACCAAGUCUGGCACGGUAGCUGCAAAGAGCACAGGCAGAGUGAAGGAGGAGGACGGUGGAAGUAAAAGCAAAACAAUGAAACUGACAGUCAAAGGGGGAGCUGCUGUGGAUCCAGAUUCAGGUCUGGAAAACAGCGCUCAUGUGCUGGAGCAGAGUGGGAAGAUGUACAGUGCUACACUGGGUCUUGUGGAUAUUGUCAGAGGGACAAACUCCUACUAUAAGCUGCAGCUGUUAGAGGAUGAUGUUCAGAAACGGUAUUGGGUGUUCAGGUCAUGGGGCAGAGUUGGCACCACGAUUGGAGGCAACAAGCUGGACAAGUUUCACGACAAGAACUCUGCUCUGGACAACUUCCUGAGUGUCUACAAAGAGAAGACGGGCAAUGAGUGGGGCUCCUCAAACUUCACCAAGUAUCCAAACAAAUUCUACCCUCUAGAGAUCGACUAUGGACAGGAUGAAGAAGCCGUGAAGAGACUGACAGCCACUGCUGGCACCAAAUCUAAACUGGCCAAACCUGUUCAAGAGCUGAUUAAAACCAUCUUUGAUGUAGAAAGCAUGAAGAAGGCCAUGGUGGAAUUUGAGAUUGACCUUCAGAAGAUGCCGCUUGGAAAGUUGAGUAAGAGGCAGAUCCAGAGUGCCUACUCACUCCUAACUGAAGUACAGCAGGCUGUAUCAGAUUGUUUGCCUGAGGCCCAGAUCCUGGAUCUCUCCAACCGCUUCUACACCCUCAUACCUCACGACUUUGGUAUGAAGAAACCUCCACUGCUCAACAACCUGGACUACAUUCAGGCUAAAGUUCAGAUGUUGGACAACCUGUUGGAUAUUGAAGUGGCUUACAGCCUGCUGAGAGGAGGGGCCCAGGACAACGAGAACGAUCCCAUCGACAUCAACUACGAGAAACUCAAAACUAAGAUUGAAGUUGUUGAUAAGACUACAAGUGAGGCUGAGAUCAUUAUGCAAUAUGUUAAGAACACCCACGCUGCUACACACAACACUUACACACUGGAAGUGCAAGAAAUCUUUAAAAUUGUCAGAGAGGGAGAGCAUCAGCGUUACCGUCCCUUCGAGGAGCUACACAAUCGUCAGCUGCUGUGGCACGGUUCUCGCACCACCAACUACGCUGGUAUCUUGUCUCAGGGUCUCCGCAUUGCCCCUCCAGAGGCCCCAGUGACUGGUUACAUGUUUGGUAAAGGUGUGUACUUUGCCGACAUGGUGUCUAAGAGUGCAAACUACUGUCACACAUCACAGUCAGACCCUGUCGGUCUCAUACUGCUGGCUGAAGUUGCUCUCGGUAACAUGCAUGAAUUGAAAAAAGCUUCCCACAUUACAAAAUUACCCAAGGGCAAGCACAGUGUUAAAGGUUUGGGUAGAACCGCUCCUGAUCCCAGCGCCACAGUCACUUUAGGUGGUGUGCAAGUGCCCCUGGGAAAAGGGACCCAUACUAACAUUGAUGACACUAGUCUGCUGUACAACGAAUACAUUGUGUAUGAUGUAGCACAGAUAAACAUGAAGUAUCUUCUGAAGAUCAAGUUUAACUACCAGACUUCCCUGUGGUGAGAGGGGCCAUCACCGAGCCUUCUUCCCUGAAAACAAAGACCAGAGUUGCCUCCAAAUGCCUGGGCUUCCUUCUCUGCAACAGAAGAUGUUUGGCAAAGGAGCAAUGCUUUAUCACGCUUUACAGAGGUCAUUGGAAAUCUCUAGUCACUUUAUGCUUUUACAUCAGGUUAACUAGCUGACAGCCUUUCUUUAGUAACACUUAAGGUGUUUAAAUGCCUAGUUCAGAGAUGCUCAUAAGAAACUGCUCAGUAAAGUGUUUCAAGCAUGGUGCAUACCACAUAGUAAGAGUUUGGUUUAGUAAUAAGCAUCAGUAAAUGUUAGCAGUUUUCUGUCUCACACUGUAACUGUCAUUCUUUAAUAAACAUUUACUCAGCAAGGUAUGGCACUGCAAAUAAAAGAGUUUGGAGUGUUAAAAACCAGUAUUUGAAUCAGGCAAGAGGUUUCACAAUAAGAUAGCAACUAAGAUGAGCAUUUUGUAGACUGUUGUGAGUUCAAGGAUACUGUAUAAGUUGACCUGUAUAUUUGUUAUGUUGUUUGUCGCUAAAAUUGUCUUACCUUUGAAAACUAAAAAGAAGCAAUGUGGUUGUGUUUACACAGGGUAUUCUGUGAUAGAAAACGACUGCCAUGGUUUGUGGUACACUUUUUCUCUGUUUUUCUCGCCUACCUUAAAAUAAAACAUCUAAAG